AAUCAUGUGACCCGAACGACUCUCACACUAGAUGUUUCUCUCUCUAGUGGGUCUGAGUCUUUCCUUCCCUCGGUUUCUCUCUCUAGAAAAUCAGGUCAUACUGUAAGAGCGGGUAUUUUUGCAAUCUUAUAUAUUUCAGUUGCUGUUGGUCGUUGCGAUUAUUUCUCACAUUGAAAGCCUCUCCUUCUCUCUCCUUCAUGUCCUUCUCUCUCUAAAAUUGGCUCUGUACCCAUUUCCUCCCUUCUGAUAACAUUCACAAAGAUGCUUGCUUUAUGCAGAGCCAUGAGCUGAGCUGCCUGCUCUGCCCUUCUCUCUCUGUUGCUCUGCUCUAAUUUUGGGCAUUUUCUUCUUUUGGUUUCGUACAAUUCAAGUUUGAUCAGAGAAAGGAAGGGGAACCCAUUGGGGUCGUGCAAUUGGUGAGCUUUCUCGUCGGAUUUGGGGACAAUGAUUCAUGGUGAAAAAGUGGGUAUUCCGAAAUACAUCUUCUUACGUAGAUCUGCUUUCCUGAUCUGAAAGGGAGAGAGAGAGGGGUUAUUGAAAGAGAAUAGUGUUUUCAUUUCCUGAAAAAGUAAAAAAGUUUCAAGUGAUUGCUGGCGAAAUUUGGCAAUUUGAUUGCAGAUUGUGGAUUAAUCUGAUCAAAAGUGAGUGAAUUUAGUGAUUUGAUUUGGAUGGUUAAUCAAAGGCCGUGAAAUUGAAGGGCGUUUGCGACGACGGAUCCGUCAAUAACAAAGAGUGGGGGGUUGUAUUGCUCAUCAGCUGUUCUGGAGUGCCUACUAAGCAUUAUCAGGGCCCUGAGAAUGGGUUCCUGCUUGUCUGCAGAAAGCAGGAGCCCUCUGCCCGAUUCGCCGUCGUCUCCCUCCUGGGGAGUCCGGCGGCGGAAGAGCUCGAAGAAGAGAAUGGGCUCGAGAAAUUCUUCCUUUGAUUACCGCCGGGAAGAACGGCUGCACAGGAUUCCCGAGAGAAUGUUCUUCAAUGGGUCCAGUGAAGUUGCAUCUUUGUUUACACAGCAGGGCAAGAAAGGAACCAAUCAAGAUGCCAUGAUUGUGUGGGAGAAUUUCGGUUCGAGAACAGACACAGUUUUCUGUGGUGUUUUCGAUGGGCACGGUCCAUUUGGUCAUAUGGUUGCUAAAAGAGUGAGGGACUCUCUUCCUCUGAAAUUGAGUGCAAACUGGGAAGUGAACAUAGUCAAUGAUGAAGUUCUCAAAGAGAUUAGCCUCAACGCUGCAGGAAGCUUGAAUUCAGAUGAUACUGCUUUUGUAUCUGUUGAUGAAGAUUUCAGGCCCUCCGUGGAUGUUGAUGAAACAGAAAAAAACCCUGAGAUCUUUCAGACACUGAGAGAGUCCUUUCUGAAGGCUUUUAAAGUUAUGGACAGGGAGCUGCGAACAACACCAAGUAUUGAUUGCUUUUGUAGUGGGACAACAGCAGUAACUUUGAUUAAACAGGGUCGGGAUUUAAUCAUUGGAAAUGUUGGAGACUCCCGAGCCGUUCUAUGCACGAGAAGAAUAGAUGACACUCUAAGUGCAAUUCAGUUGACUGUGGAUCUCAAACCAAAUCUUCCAGCGGAAGCAGAAAGAAUUCGUAAGUGUAGAGGGCGUGUUUUUGCUCUUCAGGAUGAACCUGAGGUUGCUCGGGUCUGGCUGCCAAACACUGACUCUCCUGGACUUGCCAUGGCACGCGCUUUUGGAGAUUUCUGCCUCAAGGAUUUCGGCCUGAUCUCUGUACCAGAUGUAUCCUAUCGGCGUCUCACAGAGAGGGAUGAAUUUAUAGUCCUGGCUACAGAUGGGAUUUGGGAUGUCCUCUCUAACAAAGAAGUGGUAGACAUUGUAGCAACAGCCCCAGCACGUUCUUCUGCAGCUCGAGCACUGGUAGAGACAGCAGUUCGAGCGUGGAGACAGAAGUACCCAACUUCCAAAGUAGAUGACUGUGCUGUAGUUUGUCUCUUCCUUGACUUAGACUCAAACACAGUAUCAACUGCUGCUAAUAACGGGUCGAAGGAGAAGGAGCAGCCUACUACAGUGAAUGAGGUAAAUGCCGAAGAAGAUCUCUCGGAGACAGCUUCUUUGGUCCACUCGGGGACUGUCCGAACUGCUGAAGAGAUCCUUGCAGACGAGGAAGAAGACGAAGAAGAAGGAGGAAGCAAGGAGAAUGCUGCAGAUGAUAUGAAUUCGGAACCAGGUGUAGAGUGGUCAGCUCUGGAAGGAGUUUCUCGAGUGAACACAUUAUUGAAUCUGCCUAGGUUUACACCCACAAAAGAAGACAAGAAGGUGUGGAAGAAGGUUUGAAUUCCCCUGCUUGCCUCUCGAAUCCUAUCAUAAUUUUGUUUUGUAUUAUUUAUUAAAUUUUCUCGUCUUCAUCUUCUUUUGCCUUCUUGUCUAUGUUAUUCUACAACACAUAAGUGAUCUAUAGGGUCAAUGAAAGUUAAAAUUUUGACCGGAGAGGUCGUGUGGGGGUGCUCCCGACUAUAUUAGCAAUGUCUGGGAAAAUUUGAAUUUUUUUGUAAAAAUCCAACUCUCCGACUAUUUUUUGGAUUUUGUUUUUCUGCGUACAAGAAAUUCAUGUAUUUCGACGUGUGGAUAAUAGUUUUGUGAUGAUGAAUGAAUGAAGGCUCAUCUUAGUUUUCAGCUUGAA